AAAGUCCAUAGACUCUAUAAGGUGUGAAUUUUAAAGUCGUAAAAUGUUUUAAAAAUAAAAGGGAGCUAAGAAUCCAACAACUUGCCCAUCUGGACAUUAUAUUGAUACAAUAGCACUCGGUGUUCCAUGUAUCGAAUAUUCAAAACGUAAAAAAAUUCAGUAUACCUACAAGAGAGUUUUCGCAAUAAUGAAGAAACUAAGCAACACAUCAGAUGAACAACGAAUUGAGAUAAAUCGAAGCAUAUACAAACAAGACAUAUUCAAUGAGACUUUCAAGACAGACACGAAUAAGGAAAAAUCAAGUUGCAUACAAUCAAUGUGCUCAAAGGUCGACUGCUCUUCUACAAAAUGGAAGGAACACUUGGCGACGUUAUUCCCAUUUGCGCAUACAAUUAAACAUUACGAAUGGCGGCGGCAGCUUUUGGGUGACGUAGUUGCAGGGCUUAGCGUAGGGGUACUCCAUGUACCACAGGGAAUGGGAUUCGGCCUUCUUGCGGGUCUUUCACCAGUCUACGGACUAUACUCUUCAUUCUUUCCAGUCCUGGCAUAUUUCUUCUUUACAUCAUCGCGUCACGCAUCAUUUGGUACAAUGGCACUUACGGCGUUGAUGGUGGGUGUCGUGGUGAACCGCCACAUGGGGCCUUCUCCGAUGGAAGCUCCCCUUGAUGAUGUAACAGGCGAAGUGGGAACAACAAUGGAUCCAUAUCUACAACAUGAAAUGAUGGGGGGCAGGAUUAUGAUGGCUACAUCUCUAACGUUACUAGCUGGACUGAUCCAAAUAGUGAUGAGCCUAUUGAGACUAGGCUUCCUGACUGUGUAUAUGUCCCAGCCCUUUAUGAGUGGAUUCAUGACAGGCGCCGCUGUACACAUUAUCACGAGCCAAAUGAAGUUCCUCACAGGGAUGUCUGAAUCAGUGAAAACUAAAAAUGGAUAUUUCAAAAUAUUCAAAACGUAUCAAGAUAUCGCAGCGAGACCAGAGCUUAUCAACUAUGCUGAUGUUAUUGUGUCUGCAGUUGCCAUUGUAACACUUGUUAUCCUCAGGACUGUGGCUGUGAAAUGUCAGAAGAGGUUCAAUAUACCUCUUCCCUGCGAGUUGUUGAUCAUUAUAUUCGCAACAAUGGGAUCCUACUUUGUUGGAUUAUCAACGAGAUUCCACACAAGAACGGUGGGCAUGUUACCCAUCGGUUUACCCAUGCCAGUUGUGCCGGAUUUCAACCAUGUACAGAGUUACUUCACUGACGCUAUCAUUAUAGCGAUUGUCGGUUUCGUGGUGUCCAUCUCUAUGACAAAGAUCAUCAGUGAAAAGUACAACUACGAAGUUAAUUCAAACCAAGAACUUUUUGCGUAUGGAUUUGCAAAUACGAUAGGCUCGUUUUUCCAUUGUUUUGCAGGAGCCGUAGCUCCUCCUAGAACGCUCAUCAGAGACGCAUGCGGAGGCAAAACGCAGCUCAGUAGCCUGGUGUCCUGUAUGGUUGUUCUCGUUGUUAUAUUAGGCAUCGGACCAUUGUUCAAAGAUCUUCCGAACAGUGCCUUAAGCUCCAUCAUCGUCGUCGCCGUAUCUCCUCUCCUCAUGAAGUGCAAAGAUCUGUUGAAAUAUUGGAAGAUCAACCGCUUUGAUGCUAGCACAUGGCUCAUUACGUCACUCUCGAUUGUAAUACUUGACAUCGAUGUCGGAUUGAUUAUCGGGAUAGGAUACAGUUUACUAUCGGUCAUAAUUCGUACUCAGCUCGCUAGUUCUUACACUGUAACCAACAUAGAGAAAACGGAGCUGUAUGUCAAAAAUCCUAGGAUGGACGACGCUAUUAAGAUAUUCAAGUACGACGGUCCAGUGUACUAUGGCAAUGCUGAAAUGUUCAAAGCCAGGCUUUAUUCUAAAACGUAUGACCCAUCUUCAGAAGCAGACGACCGCAUAAAUAGCAAACGUGAGCAUCUGAAGGAGAAUAUAACACAGGAGAUACCGGUGUCAUCUAUUAGCAAUGGACUUUCGCAGAAUAUUCACAUAACAAACCAUGAUAAGAACAAAAAUGCGACUCAUGCAAUCACUGACCCGCAUAAAGUAGUAAUCAUUGACUUCAGUUGUGUGUCCUUUAUUGAUGUUGUGGCCAUCAACACUUUAAUUGAUACACACAAGACAUUCAGACUAUCGGGCGUCCAAAUGUUCAUUGCGGGUUGUACUGAUAGCGUCUAUGAUAGCCUAAAGACGAUUGAAAAUACUGAAAAAGAGAAGCCAGAAAACGAUUUGUUGAAUAACAUAUUUGUCACAGUACAUGAUGCAGUGAAAUAUGUACACUCAAUGAACCAAUGGACAGACAUAACACCACCGAAUCAAUCUUACAGUGUAAAUCUGACAAAUGAAACAUCAAAAUUAUAACAUGUAAUCUGGUGCUUGAUAGAUGUUCAAAAAGUUUUGGAUGUUCUAAAAUUCUUAAGAAAUAGCAUUGAUUGGUUAAUUCAUAUUAUGACUACAUAUGGAUGCACGUGCGGCCGUUUGAAGGGUCACGUACGCAAUAUGCGCACGCGGUACCAACUACAGCCGUCAAUUUGAAUUUAAGACACACUAGGUGUUGCCAAAUACUAAGUUAUUGAAUGAUUUGAAGUGCAAUACAGGAUAUAUUCUCCUCGAGAAAUUCCGUAUUGGAACGAGACGAAGUCGAGUGCCAAUACAGAAUAUUGAGAGCGGAAUAUAUCAUGUAUUGCACUUCAAAUCAUUCUAUAACGUUUUUAUCGUCUGAUCUUCUGUAUUGCUACUGAUUAUGUCCCCUCCGUACCAAUAGUUUCUGUAUUGCGACGGAGAUGAUCAAUGGGGACAAUCUCAAUAUGCAAUACUGAUUGGUACAGCACAAGAAUUGACCAAUCAGAAGGCUUCAUUUUACAGAUCAUACGAUAGAAAAUGUAUACAUGAGUCUAGUACAAACAUUCGUUUGUGUAACCAAAUCAAGAGAUCUGCAUAGUCGUGUAUUAAACUCAUUUUGUAAAGUACAUAUCGUAAUUCCACCUCGAUCAAAAAGCUAUUGCCCUAUGAUAACUUUGUAGAAAAAACACUUUAACUUUAAAAUGUUGAUGGUAUUUGUGAGUCAGCUUCAUUCUUUGUUACUGACCACAAAGCGUAUAUGAACAGCUGACAUGGUAUUGUAAUUUGUUCAAUGUUUUAUAUUAUUGUCCAUUGUACGAUUGGUAUGAGGCGCACUGAUGCACUUUAAAUUGAAACAUGCUUUAUGUUAACUUAACGUUUUUAAUAAUAAAAUGUACAAAAUAUUAUUGGUUCAAUAAAUAUUUUUAUAUUAGU